AUGUACAAGGCCGUCAUCCUGCGGACGCUGCUGUACGGAGCGGAGACUUGGACGGUAUACACAAACCAGGCACGUCGACUGAACUACUUUCACCUUGGCUGUCUCCGUCACUGAACUGGCAGGAUCGAAUCCCCGCCACUGAUGUGCUGGAACGGACGGGAAUCCUCAGCAUCUAUACCAUCCUGAGACAAAUGCAGCUGCGUUGGAGCGGCCACCUGGUGCGCAUGGACGACGAGCGACUACCCAAACGACUCUUCUACGGAGACGUCGCGACGGGUUCUCGUCGUCAAGGAGGCCAAAUUCGCCGUUACAAGGAUACUCCGAAGUCCUCCCUGAAGCGCCUGCAAAUCAACCCGACCAACUGGGAAGAGCUCGUCCUCGACCGGCCGACCGACCUGGAGGAGGAAAGUGAAGACAGGCGCUGCGAUCUAUGA